CGCGGGAAAACGCGUGCGCGCGAGAGAGAGAGAGAGAUAGCGAGCAUUGCCGGGCGGCGGCGAUGGAUCCGAAGGAUGGCGGUGGAGACGAGGAGGAGGAGGAGGAGUUUGGGUUCUCAAGGAAUUACUUUUUGGCCAGAGAGAUUGGCGGCGGAUCCGGGAAGAAAUCCGGUCGCAAGCUCUCUGAUAUCGAUCUCGCAGACGAGCAGGUCUUGAGAGCAGAAACAUCCAGGAUUAAGGAAAAACAUGAGAAAGAGAUUGCACUUUUGCUGAAAAGCUACAAAGAUUUAUACCCGAAGUGGCUAUUUGAGCUGAGGUGUGGUUUUGGCCUAUUGAUGUAUGGAUUUGGCUCAAAGAAGGUUUUGCUUGAAGAUUUUGCUUCUACAUCAUUGACAGAUUAUGGAGCACUUGUCCUCAAUGGUUAUCUUCCAUCCAUCAACCUAAAACAAGUCAUUAUCGCUAUAUGUGAAAUGCUACAAGACCAACUAAAAACCAGUAGGAAGGGUUCUGUGAGGAAGAAGGCAAAAACUCAGCAACCUCUUAGUUUUCAAUCCAUGGAAGAUCUGCUAAUGUUUCUGAAUGAACAGCCUUCAGAUGAUAAUGAAUCAUUUGUUUGCCUUAUAAUUCACAACAUUGAUGGACCUGCUUUGCGUGAUUUUGAAACCCAACAAUACCUUGCAAGGCUGGCCAGCUGUUCUCCUGUCCGUGUCAUUGCAUCUACUGACCAUGUCAAUGCACCUCUAUUGUGGGACAAGAAGAUGGUUCAUACUCAGUUUAACUGGUGCUGGUACCACGUACCCACAUUCGCGCCAUACAAAGCAGAAGGUGUGUUCUUCCCUCUGAUACUCGCCGGCAGCAGUGCUGCCCAAAGCACAAAAACCGCCCUUGUUGUCCUUCAGAGCUUGACCCCAAAUGCACAGAGUGUGUUCAAAGUCCUUGCAGAGCAUCAGCUUGCCAAUGUAAAAGAGGAAGGCAUGCCUGUCAAUACUUUGUACACCAAGUGCCGAGAAAAGUUCUUGGUUAGUAGCCAGGUGACAUUGAAUUCUCAUCUGACAGAGUUCAAGGAUCAUGAAUUAGUGAAGGUGAGAAAGCACUCUGAUGGCCAGGAUUGUCUUUAUAUACCUCUCACCACUGAAUCAUUGGAGAGGCUUCUGCAAGAACUGGUAUGAGUUUAAUGUCUCUUGUUGUUCUUUGAAUUGGAUAAUGCUCACUUCUAUGAUUCAUUAAUUAUCUAAUUAAUGCAUUCUAAGCAGUUCAUCCA